AGAAGGAAAAAUAUCAGGGUUGGUGUGUAUAUGGUUGCCGCUGAUACGGCGUAGUCUGUUUAUUCUCUCUCCAUCACCUCUCUAAACCCUAAUUUAAAAAAUCCCAGAAUAUCUUCUUUCUUCUUCUUUGCUCUCACUCAUAUACAGUUACACCACAGAAUUCUCUCUCCCAUCUCUGCAAGACGCGCUGGUUCUGGAAACUCCCUGAUUUUGGUUUCGAAUUUUUCGCUGCUCGCGGGAAAAAAUCGCGUCCUUCUCAUCAAAUUCGUCUUCCCCACUGAAAUUGAACUUUUCUUUCGCUCUUUUACUACAGUUUAUACAGAUAUACAUCAAAACUAAGUUUCAUCAGCUUUCAACCUCAUGGCUGGAUUGUUGCUUGGUGAUGCCUCUCAUCAUGGAACUUCUCAAGUUGUUUCUCAACCGGAGGAUGGUUCGAGGUGGUACUUUUAUAGGAAGGAGAUUGAAGAAUACUCACCAUCCAAACAUGAUGGCAUAGAUUUGAAGAAAGAAACUUACCUACGCAAAUCAUACUGUACAUUUCUGCAAGACUUAGGCAUGAGACUUAAAGUACCUCAGGUAACUAUUGCAACUGCAAUAAUAUUUUGUCAUCGAUUCUUUCUCCGGCAGUCCCAUGCAAAGAAUGACAGGAGGACCAUUGCAACAGUAUGCAUGUUUCUUGCUGGGAAGGUUGAAGAAACUCCUCGCCCACUAAAAGAUGUAAUUCUUAUUUCGUAUGAAAUUAUACAUAAGAAGGACCCAGCGGCAAUUAUGAGAAUAAAACAAAAGGAAGUGUAUGAGCAGCAUAAAGAAUUAAUUUUACUUGGAGAGAGGGUUGUUCUUGCAACUCUUGGUUUUGAUCUGAAUGUGCACCAUCCUUAUAAACCUCUUGUUGAGGCAAUAAAGAAAUUCAAAGUUGCUCAAAAUGCCCUUGCUCAAGUUGCGUGGAAUUUUGUAAAUGAUGGACUUCGGACAUCACUUUGCUUGCAAUUUAAGCCUCAUCACAUUGCAGCUGGAGCCAUAUUCCUUGCUGCCAAGUUUCUGAAGGUGAAGCUACCAUCGGAUGGGGAGAAGGUCUGGUGGCAAGAGUUUGAUGUCACUCCACGCCAAUUGGAGGAAGUUAGUAAUCAAAUGUUAGAGCUCUAUGAACAAAAUCGAAUGCCACCUUCCAAUGAUGUCGAAGGAGGUGGGACUUCCAAUCGGACCACUGCAAAAGCUCUAGCUACUAAUGAUGAAAAUGCAGCUGCAAAGAGUAAUUCCCAGGCUGGAGCCACAAGGCUGGAAACAUCAAAGACUGCAUCUUCUAUGGCCAUAUUUGAUUCACCGGUCCCAAAUCAUGUUGGGCGUCCCAUCUCAAACCAUGGUAGAAGUGGUGAUUAUGGGAGCACAGAAAUGAAACAUAGGGUGGAAGGUGAUGCCAAAGGCAAUCAAUAUCCUGAGCGAGAAUCUCUACCAUUUAAGGAAAACUCUCAUGAAGCUCAAGACAUGGUGAAAUUUCGAUUUGAUAAUGGUGAAAAAGAGCACGAAAGCAAUGCUGGAGGGACUGAAACAAAAGAACUGACUGAAUUGAAAGACAGACAUAAUAGCAGAAACCUUGAUCACCGAGAGGAUGCAUUUAGCCGGCCUCCUCAGGAAGCCAUUAAGAAAAUUGAUACUGACAAAGUAAAGGCUGCAUUAGAAAAACGAAGGAAAGCAGCUGGUCAUAUAACUAAGAAAACAGAUGUCAUGGAUGAUGAUGAUCUCAUUGAGAGGGAACUGGAAGAUGGAAUUGAACUGGCUCCUCAGAGUGAGAAAAAUAAGGAUAAGAGGCAAAGCUGGUCUAAGCCCUCUGACAGAUCUGAUUAUGAUAACAUGCGUGGAAGACAUCUAGAUCAUGAAGAUGAGCAAUAUCAUGGAGUAAAGGGUUUGGCAUCAUAUGAACCAGAUCUAAGUGCUGUUGAAGAAGGGGAGGUAUCGGCACUUGAUGACAUUGGGGUAGGGCUUCCAUCACCCAAGUCAAGCAAUCGCAAGAGAAAAGCAGGAAGCUCCCCUGAAAGAGGAAUGGAGGGGAAGCAACGUCAUAAUUAUGGCCUUGGACCAAACCACAAUAAUCGUUUUGAUUACGUGGAGGAUCGAAACAAGGUCAGUCGGCUAGGCCAUACUGAGAGGGACAGCAAAAGGCAUGUACAGGAAAACCAUGUUUGAAUAAUGUGUACCAUGGUUGUGUGUGGCCUGUGUGUGGACUGUUAAUGUUCGGAAAAAUUUUCUGGACGGACACUUAGCAAAGAUCCUUGAAUGCUUUCAAUACUGUCAUGAUGCAGCCACCUUAGCCUACCAUAAGCUGUCAGGUCUAGAAACUCUUAUUUGUUUGAAGGACUUAAAAUUCAAUUUUGUUGGAAGGACCAAUUUCAUUUACUCAAUAUAAUGGGCAUAUGGGAAAAUUGUAAAGUAGAAAGCCAAGGGUUAUAUAGUCGGACUUGUAAUGGAAGGUCCAUUUUCAUGCAAGAUCAUCCAUGAUUUUGAUGAUUCUCCAUUUGAAAUAAUAGUAGUUAUGAUGAUGAUAAACUCGACCUACUUACUAGACGGAAGAUUCUAAGUGUCAUUAAUCAUAUCCUACCUUUAGUACUUCGAAUGUAUUGGCUGCUAUGUUUGUAGUACACUUGCAAGUGAAUGUAAAUGCUUUCUAACAUGCUCCCUUUGAAAUAGGGAGCAUGGAUGCUGUUUAUAGUUUUAACUAUUGGAUGAGAUUAAAGACAUGGACGGUCCAAAAUGAUUGCUGA